GUGCUUGACAUUUUGAAGUUGCUUCUCCGGGGUGUUUGAACAGGAAGGCGGACAUGUUGGUCGGUCUGUGGGAGAAAAUCGGGCACCGUCCGCUGUUUUUUCUCUUUACCGAACCAGCGCACGUUUAAAAGUUGACGGGUAUGCCUUCUAACCGGGAGACGGAGCACCGCGGGCGGGCAACGGUCGAGAGCCUGUGACAACGCGCGGGAUGCCGCGGGAGGACCGCCGUUAGACGUUGAAACGAGACCGUGUUUUAAGCUCAUCGAAAUUUGGAAGAAGCAGAAGUUUUUUUCCCACCACUUCUACUUUUGAGCUGUCAGAAUCUAUUGUCGUUUUUUUUUUCUGCAAGGGCCCCAGACGGAAAUACGGGACCGGGGCCUGGACCAAACCCUCCCGCAAACUUUGCUUUUUUUUUUCUCUAAUUGGCAAAACGGCCUAACUUUGAAUUGCCUUUUGUUCGGAUGCACCCGCAUUUUAAGCCCUUAUCCUCAGCGGCAUCCUGCGGAGGCUGACUAAUCUGUCGCCGCAUUUAUCUUUUGCCACUGAAGUUGUCUGCCACUUCACACUGGAAUAAAACAAAAAAAAACUCUCUUUGGACUCCGAGAAUGUGGCUUUUGUACAUUCAGCGCAAUCUUAAACGUUUCAUCGUCUGUGAAAGCUCGAGGAGAACGAUGUAUUUUCUUUAAAAGUGCGGCGCGCGCGGUUCACGCUAAGAAAGGAACAUUUGGCUAGCUAGCUAGCUACUGCUGGCUGCUAAGGCUAGCUAGCCAGCCGUCUGCCUCGCCAGUGAGCUGUUUUUGUCCGCGGCUCAACGCCGUGGGCCGACUUUAACAGCAAACAUGUCCGCCGGGGAAAGCAUGGCGGCUCGGUUUGAAAAGAUCGAUGCCAUGUUGAAGAACCCGAAGUCCGAAGUGAACACGGAUUGUCUUCUGGAUGGUCUGGACGCGCUGGUGUACGACCUCGACUUCCCCGCCCUGAGGAAAAACAAGAGCAUUGACAACUUUUUGAGUAGAUACAAGGACACCAUUAGUAAGAUUCGUGAUCUACGCAUGAAAGCGGUUGACUAUGAGGUGGUUAAAGUUAUCGGGAGGGGAGCAUUUGGAGAGGUGCAACUGGUAAGACACAAAGCCACGUGCAAGGUGUACGCCAUGAAGCUGCUCAGCAAGUUUGAGAUGAUCAAGAGGUCGGACUCUGCUUUCUUUUGGGAGGAGAGGGACAUCAUGGCUUUUGCCAACAGCUCAUGGGUGGUGCAGCUCUUUUUUGCAUUCCAAGAUGACCGCUACCUCUACAUGGUGAUGGAAUACAUGCCGGGUGGCGACUUGGUGAACCUGAUGAGCAACUACGACGUCCCUGAGAAGUGGGCCCGUUUUUACACCGCUGAGGUGGUUCUGGCUUUGGACGGAAUCCACUCCAUGGGCUUCAUUCACAGGGACGUGAAGCCCGAUAACAUGCUGCUGGACAAAGCAGGCCAUUUAAAACUGGCAGACUUUGGGACCUGCAUGAAAAUGAACAAGGAUGGAAUGGUACGAUGUGACACAGCAGUGGGAACUCCAGACUACAUUUCGCCCGAGGUACUGAAAUCCCAAGGAGGAGAUGGCUAUUACGGCAGAGAGUGUGACUGGUGGUCAGUGGGAGUGUUCCUGUACGAAAUGCUAGUUGGCGACACUCCCUUCUACGCAGACUCCCUGGUGGGGACCUACAGCAAAAUCAUGAACCACAAGAAUGCCCUGAACUUCCCCGACGACAGCGACAUCUCCAACGAUGCCAAGAAUCUCAUCUGUGCUUUCCUCACUGACAGGGAAGUUCGACUGGGCCGCAAUGGUUUCGAUGAGAUCAAGAGGCAUCCUUUCUUCAAGAACGACCAGUGGACAUGGGAGAACAUCCGAGACACGGCCGCCCCUGUGGUGCCUGAACUGAGCAGCGACGUCGACACCAGUAACUUUGAUGACAUCGAGGAGGAUCGGGGAGAGGAGGAGACCUUCCCCAUACCAAAGGCCUUUGUGGGCAACCAGCUCCCCUUCGUCGGCUUCACUUACUACAGCAGUCAGCACCAGUUGCGCAGCUCCAGCGCCCCCACAAAGACCAGCGAGAAGCGUAGCAGUGCCACAAAGGAAGACAAGAGUCAUCUGGAGAACCUGCAGAAAAGGAUUUACCAGCUGGAGGAGCAGCUCCACAGUGAGAUGCAGCUGAAGGAUGAGUUGGAGCAGAAAUGCAGGACAUCAAACACCAAGAUGGACAAGAUCAUAAAGGAACUGGAUGAAGAGGCGAACCUGAGGAAAAGUGCGGAGAGCAGCAUCUCUCUGCUGGAGAAGGACAAGAUCAUGCUUCAGCACAGAUUCACAGAGUACCAAAGAAAAGCUGACCAGGAUGCAGAGAAGAGGCGCAACCUGGAGAAUGAGGUGUCGAGUUUAAAGGAGCAACUUGAAGACAUGAAGAAGAUCAGCCAGAACUCUCAGGCCUCAAAUGACAAGAUGGUCCAACUGCAGAAUCAGAUGGAAGAGGCCAACGACCUUCUGCGAGCCGAGUCGGACACGGCAGCGAGGCUGAGGAAGAGCCACACCGAGAUGGCCAAGUCCAUGAGCCAGCUGGAGAGCUUGAACCGCGAGCUGCAGGAGAGAAGCCGGGCGGCGGACAGCGAGAAGGCCCAGCUGGAGAAGGAGCUCCUGCUUCUGCAGAGUUCCCUGGACUCUGAGAGGAGGAACUACAGCCUCGGCUCCGAGGAGAUCAGGGAGCUACAAGCCAGGAUGGCGGGCUUGCAAGAGGACAACAAAAGCUUGAAGCUCAGCCUCUCCAAGGUGGAGUCGGAGCGCAAACAGGCUCAGGAGAGGAGCAACAACCAAGAGAAGGAGAAGAACAACCUGGAGAUAGACCUGAACUACAAACUGAAGACGCUGCAGCAGCGUCUGGAGCAGGAGCAGACCGAGCACCGGGUGACGCGGGCGCAGCUCACCGACAAAUACGAGUCGAUCGAAGAAGCCAAAUCGGCCGCCACGAAUGCUGUUCAGCAGAAGAUGUCCGAGGAGAACGUUGCGAGGAUGCGAGCGGAGAGCCGGGUCGUGGAGGUCGAGAAGCAGUGCUCGAUGUUAGAGUUUGAUCUCAAGCAGUCUGUGCAGAAGAUGGAGCAGCUGAUGAAGCAAAAAGAGCGGCUGGAAGAUGAGGUGAUGAAUCUGCAGCUUCAGGGAGAGCAGGAGUCGAGCAAGCGCGUCCAGACUCAGAACGACCUGAAGGGCCGCAUGCAGGAGGUGGACCGACUCAGGUGUUCAGAGAAGCAGCUCAAGCAGGAGAUCAACGCGUCGCUGGAGAGCAAGCGCUCUCUGGAGUUCCAGCUGGCGCAGUUGACCAAGCAAUACAGAGGCAACGAGGGACAAAUGAGGGAACUUCAGGACCAGCUUGAGGCCGAACAGUAUUUUUCUACGCUUUACAAAACUCAGGUCAAGGAACUUAAAGAGGAGAUUGAGGAAAAGAACCGGCAGGUACAAGAGACUCAUAAAAGGGUGCAGGAGUUGUGCAGUGAAAGGGACUCCCUGUCCGCCCAGCUGGAUCUGACGGUGACCAAGGCCGAGUCAGAGCAGCUGGCCCGAGCCCUGCAGGAGGAGCAGUACUUUGAGCUCAGCCAGGAGAACAAAAAGGCAAUCAGUAGACAUAAGCAGGACAUCGGGGAAAAGGAGGCCACUAUUGCUCGGCUUGAGGAAUCCAAUAACACUCUGACCAAAGCUGUGGAGAACCUCAGCAAAGAGAAGACUGACUUAAGCGAGAAGUUCAGUAGUCUGGAGGAAGACUAUGCUGCUGAGAAGGAAGAGAUUUCCAACACAAUCAAGUCCAACUAUGAGAAGAUCCUCAACACGGAGCGCACACUGAAGACUCAGGCGGUGAACAAGCUGGCAGAGAUUAUGAACCGAAAGGACAUGAAGCUGGACCAGAAGAAGAAGGGCAGUACCGCCGACCUGCGGAAGAAGGAGAAGGAGAACCGCAAGCUCCAGCUGGAACUCAAUCAGGAGAAAGAGAAGUUCAACCACAUGGCCAUCAAGUACCAGAAAGAGCUGAGCGAGAUGCAGGCGCAACUGUCGGAGGAAUCCACGUAUCGCAACGAGCUGCAAAUGCAGCUGGACAGCAAGGAGAGCGACAUCGAGCAGCUACGGGAGAAACUGAACGACCUGCAGCUGCGCAUGGACACCUCGAGCGUCACCAGCCUGCAGACCGACGAGACCGACGGCAACAUCGCAGAAUCCAGACUGGAGGGCUGGCUGUCGAUUCCCAACCGAGCAAAUAUCAAGCGAUACGGAUGGAGGAAGCAGUAUGUGGUGGUGAGCAGCAAGAAGAUUCUGUUCUACAACAAUGAGGAGGAUAAGGAACUGUCCAACCCCUCGAUGGUACUAGAUAUCGACAAACUGUUUCACGUGAGACCAGUCACACAAGGAGACGUGUACCGGGCUGAGACAGAAGAGAUUCCAAGGAUAUUCCAGAUCCUUUACGCCAACGAGGGCGAGUGCAGGAAGGAGGCGGAGAUGGAGGCUGUCCCUCAGGGCGACAAGACCAACUGUCUCCCACACAAAGGCCACGAGUUCAUCCCCACGCUGUACCACUUCCCUUCAAACUGUGAGGCCUGCUCCAAGCCGCUGUGGCACGUCUUCAAGCCGCCGCCGGCCCUGGAGUGCCGCCGCUGCCACGUCAAGUGCCACAAAGACCACCUGGACAAAAAGGAGGACCUUAUUGCUCCUUGCAAAGUAAACUACGAUGUGACCUCUGCCCGGGACAUGCUCCUGCUGGCUCUGACCCAGGAUGAGCAGAAGAAAUGGAUCGGCCACCUGGGAAAGAAGAUUCCCAAGACCCCACCAUCCACAUUCUCGCGGGCCUCGCCUCGCUCCAUGUCCACGCGCUCCGGACCAAACCAGUCCUUCCGCAAGAACCCUAAAGGCAAUACCACGAAGCUGAGCAGAGCGCAGUCCAGCCUCCAAGCCGCAGACACAACCUCCAGCACUUGUUGACAGGAACUUCUUCACACAGUGUUUCAAAACAGAAUCUUUUUUGGACCUUUUUUUCCCCCCCCUUUCGGCUUUAACCAUGUCUAUUUAUUCUGUUACUGGGUGUUUGUAACGCGAGACACUUCCUGGUGGGUUGGUUGGUUGGUUGACUCCGGGGCUCUUUCCAGUUGACACUUUUCUCUAAUUGGCACUAAUGUGUUGUUGGGUUCAGUAACUAACAUGGACUUACUAUGCAACUCUAGAAUAGUCCGUAUAAAGGAUUUUUACCCAACCUGUCAACCUUGAUGCAAAGAUGGCAGCGGCUUACUAACCCAGGUGAAAAUAUGUCUCCCUUUUACUGGACACCUCUCUUUUGUCUUUUGUUUCAGCUAACCAUCUGAACCGUUUGGAUUUUUUUUCUGGACUCUAAACUUUUCCUCCUUCCUCAUCCUCAAAAAAAACCAACAGAGAAACCUGUAUUACAUAGAAAAUUCUUCAAAAAAGAGAGAAUAUAUCAAUAAAUAUCCAGCGCUGGAAAAACUGCAACACACAUCAGACACGAGGCGCCGGGGACGGAAAGAGGCCUCACACCCGUCUCCGCUGUCCACGUUCAAGAGACGACCGUUACUCAACCCAACGGACCUGCAGCUCUCCAUUUCUACCACAAGAGGUCCCCCUCGUCUUGGACUUUAAGAUGGACAGUGAGAGGGACUCAUGUCAUGGAGAGUUCUGUGUUUCAUACUAUAUUGCAGUUCUGAUGGAAGUGGGCAGGUGAACGGGGGUUUUGCUGGGACGAAGUACGUCUUCAGUUUAAGGUACUGUCAUACAGGGAUUGCAGAUCUGCAGUGACUCGGGUGAAAAAUGAAUAUCCAUGUUGUCAUUCCAUCCCCCCCGCCUGACAGACACUGAACCUAAAUGCAAGCAAGCUUCUGUUUCCGGCAAACGAAAAUGACUGCUGCCUUUAUGUUAUAUCUCUGGCCUUUUUGCCUUUAUUCUUAUAUUUCUGCAAGUCACUUCAUGUCAGGUUCGGGACAGAGUAUUGGGACAUAAGUAUUAGAUGUUUUGAGUAUUGAGUGAGGAGCAUGCAGGAUCAUCAUUUAAAUCUAUGCAUUAUUUUUAUUAUAAUUAUUUUUAUUGCUCCAAGCCAUAAGGAAUAUUCCAUUGUAAUGGCAUAUAGGGGUCCUAAAACUUAAUAGAUUUUGUUUGUUUAUUUGGUACAUUGUUUUUUUUUUUUUUUUGUAAUGUAUUGCCUUACAUUGAUUCAUAGAUACAUGGUUCAAAAGGAAAACAUUAAGUUAACAAAUGUAAAACUGCACUGUUUGAAUUGUAAAUUAUUUGUAGACUAAACAGGUGUAGCAUUUGGCCCACCUAGUGCCUUAACGUUUGGAUAUUGAUUUUACUGCCAUAUCUGUUUUUUCUUCCCUCCCAAACAAGACAAAUCGUAACUCUUCCAUUGCUUAUUUUUUUAAAUCGCCAUGCAUCUCUGGUUUUAUCUGAACUUCUUCUCUCUGGUUUCAGUAUAUAAAAUUAUAUAUAUAUUAGAUUACUUCUUUACGGACACAUUGCAAUAAAGUUAUUGUGUCAAAAAGUCCCAAAACUCGGUUCAUAUCAUAAGACAAAUGUCACGAUGGUGUACCUAAAGGGAGAACACCAGCGUCAAUCAUUGAUUGGCCUGGUUAACAAUGAGUUGUUUCUCUAACACAGUGAUGUCCCGGUAAUGCAACCCCCCCCCCGCUCCCCCACAGUGUAUAUAAUGAGAGCGACAUAAGGAUUAAGGAAUACCUCCGCAAUCUUUUUAUUUGUAACUUUUUGUUCAGUUGAAAAAAAGCACUGGAACUAUGAUCUACUCUUGUCUUGGAUAAUUUGCAUGGUUAAUUGCAUUGCAGUCCGCACUGAUUGAUAUGUCAAUAAACAUAUCUUUAUCAUU